GUUCAUUCUCGGUUCGCAGAGGAGAUGCCGCCGAAGAAAGGAAAGAAAGCCGCGCCCGCCAAGAAGGCGGGUGGUGAUGACGAAUGGGACGAUGUCUUGAAUGAAUUUGCCACCACUACCAACGUCGAUGUGCCACCCCCAGCACCAGUGGAAGCCCCAGUUAUAGCAGACAAACCUGCAGGCUCGGUCGACGAUGCCGUGGCGGCCGCGUUAGCCAGCAUGGGCAUUUCAGCUGCCGAUGCUGCCGACAAGAAGAAGAACAAGAAAAAGGACAAGAAAAAGAAGGACGGCGACAAGCCCGACGCCCCUGCGGCGCCCGUGGCCGAAUCCAAAGGCCCAAAGAAGCCUCUGUCGGCCGCUGCCAAGGCCCUGCAGGAGCGCCAAGCCGUUUUGAAAGCGGAGGAAGAUCGCUUGAAGCAAAUCCAGGAAGAAGAAGACCGCAAGUUCCGCGAAGCCGAAGAAGCGCGGUUGGACGUGAUUCGCAAGAAGGAAGAGUUGGCCGAACGCAAACGCCAAGCCAAACAAGCCAAGGUCGAGGCCCAAAAGGCCGAAGGCACGUACAUGACCAAAGCGCAAAAGGAGAAAGCGAGGCGGGCACAGGCGGCGUUGGAGGCCAUGAAAGCCCAAGGGCUGGUGGUGGUCGCCGCCGAAGGCACGUUAAAACCCAAAGUUACGUACGACAACAAGAAGAAGGCUAAAGCUGUCAAGGAUGGAGAAGACGCGAGCGCUACCACAUCCAAGCCCGAAAAGGUAGUGGCAGAAGCAACAGCAGCCGAAGCGCCCGAUGCAUGGGACGCCAGCGACGACGAGGACGAAGGCAAGGCAGUGGAAGCAGUCGAAGAAGAAGAAGACGACGACUGGGAUGCCAAGGACUGGGACGACGACGACGUGCUCGACAAGAUUGGGCUCAAGGUCCAAGAAGCCAACUACGAAAACGUUGAGGAUUUGAUCGAAGUGGAACGGCUCAAGGAGCAAGAACGCCUUCGGGAGCAAGGGCUGGCCCUGGCCAAGCGCCAAGCCGAACAAGACGCGGAGAACGCCAAGAACGCCGAGGAAGAGCGCAACCGGUCUAAGGUCCGGCAAGAAGAGGACCGCAAGAAGCGCGAAGCUGCCGAGCGUCGGCGGGUCCGCGAAGACGAAGCGCGCGCCGCCGUGUCGCUCGAUAACCUGCGGUCGCCCAUUUGCUGCAUCAUGGGGCACGUCGACACGGGCAAGACCAAGCUGCUAGACAACAUCCGGAAGACUAAGGUCCAGGAUGGCGAGGCGGGCGGUAUCACGCAGCAGAUUGGCGCCACGUUCUUCCCCGUGGAAGCGAUCAAGCAAAAGACGGAGGAGCUGUGCAAGACCACAAUGAAACUCGACUUUAAGCUGCCGGGGCUGCUGGUCAUCGACACGCCCGGGCACGAAAGUUUCACCAACCUGCGGUCGCGCGGGUCGUCGCUGUGUGACAUUGCCAUCCUUGUUGUGGACAUCAUGCACGGGCUCGAGCCGCAGACGCUCGAGUCCAUCCGUCUGUUGCGCGCCAAGCGGGCGCCGUUCGUCGUAGCGCUCAACAAGAUUGAUCGAUGCUACAGCUGGAAGACCUGCCCCGACAUGCCGUUCCAGGACGCGUUCAAGCUCCAGAACGAGCACGUGCAGCGAGAAUUCGAAGACCGCGCCGCGCAAAUCAAGGUCCAGUUUGCCGAACAAAAGCUCAACGCCGAGCUAUACUACCGCAACAACGACCUCGGCCGCACAAUCUCGCUGAUCCCGACGUCGGCCAUCUCGGGGGAAGGCGUGCCCGACUUGCUCGGGAUGCUCGUGCGCCUCACGCAGGAAAAGAUGGCCAAGUCCCUUGCAUUUGUCGACAUUUUGCAGUGCACAGUGCUCGAAGUCAAGGUCAUCGAGGGCCUCGGCACCACCAUCGACACGAUCCUCGUCAACGGGUCGCUGAGCGAAGGCCAGACCAUCGUCGUGUGUACGCUGGACGGCCCCGUGGUCACGACGAUCCGGUCGCUUCUGACGCCGCACCCGAUGAAAGAGAUUCGUGUCAAGGGCGAGUACGUCCACCACCAGACGAUCCAGGCGGCGAUGGGGGUUAAGAUCUGCGCGCAGGGGCUGGAAAAGGCGGUGGCGGGGACCGCCGUGCACGUCGUGGGGCCCGACGACGACGUGAACGAGCUCAAGGACGCUGUCAUGUCGGACUUGUCCAACAUCAUGGACAGCGUCAAGGCCACCAAGCGCGGGGUGAUGGUGCAGGCGUCCACGCUUGGGGCGCUGGAAGCAUUGCUCGAGUUUCUCCGCAACGGGUGUGACCCGCCGAUUCCCGUGUCGUGUGUCAACAUUGGGCCUGUGCACAAGAAGGACGUGAUGCGCGCCAGCGUCCAGCUGGAGCACCAAAAGGAGUUUGCGACCAUUCUCGCGUUCGACGUCAAGGUGCAGCACGACGCCGGCGAGAUGGCGGCUGAGCUCGGCGUGCGCAUCUUCACGGCCGACAUCAUCUACCACUUGUUUGACCAGUUUACAGCGUACAUGGACAACAUCCGCCAGCUGCGCCGCGAGCAGUUUGCCGACGUUGCCGUGUUCCCGGUCGUGCUCAAGAUCAUCCCGACAUGUAUCUUCAAUAAGAAGGACCCAAUCAUCCUCGGCGUCGACGUCGAAGAUGGCAUUCUCAAGGUCGGUACGCCCCUCGUGUCCGUCUCGAACGGCGUGCUCGUGACCAUCGGCCGCGUGGCGUCGAUUGAAAAGGACAACAAGAACGUCGACACGGCCAAGAAGGGCAGCAACGUCGCCGUCAAGAUCGAAAGCGACAGCAAUGUCACGUACGGCCGCCAGUUUGACCAUACGCACAAGUUGUACUCGCACCUGAGUCGGGCGAGUAUCGACGCGCUCAAAGAAAACUUCAAAGACGACCUCGGCAAGGACGACUGGCGCCUCGUUAUCAAGCUCAAGCCCGUGUUUGGGAUUGUCUAGGAACGACGACCUCCUCUGGAGCCAGUAUAUAAAACCAAGUCGUGUGCAAUGUGUACAGGGUUCGUUGGUUGCAUAUUCAAGC